ACGCAGAUCUUACCCUGACCGGUAUCUCAUUGAGGUUUCCCAUUAGGUGUGGCAAGCGGGAGACAUGAGCUGCUCAUCUCAAGCCAUGCUCUUGGUUGGAGUGGUCGCUUCAUACGAACACGAGUAAUUCAACGUAUGUCUACGGGGUCACUGGUGUAUAUAAAGGCAGAAGGGAGUAUGCUCACACACCAUGAUCAUUGAUCAUCAACAUUUAAGUAUCCUUGAGCACUUGCCUAUAUCGCCUGUUUGACUUGAUAACCAUUCAUCAUCUUUUUCUCCUUCAGUUAUGAUCUGCUCUACCUACUGUCUGGGCCUCCUCUCGCUGGUCACCGGGGCCGUAUCGUCUAUUCUCCCAUGGAAUCCCUCCCCCAGCUACCCGACAUAUCCGUCAUACCCAUCUGACCCGGAUACUUGCCAAAGCUGCCCAAAGCCCAAGCGCUGUUCCAGCAUUGGUUGGGACUGGGCUUAUUAUCCAAACCCCCUUACCAACAGUGGCGAGAACUAUCCCAACUUCAGGGCUGAUGUUUUCAAGGCCCAGACCCCGGCUUACACUGGUGAAACCCCUGUGAUCGGUCGGGCUUCAGCAUUCGGCACCACGAUCUACAAUUCCUCUACCACACUCAACAGUGCAUACUUUGUGCUCAAUCAACACGCUUACCUCUGGGCGUGCGAGGCUGGCACUUGGCAAUUCGACAUCUCUGGCGUGGACGACCUUGUGCUGGCCUGGGUUGGUGACCUGGCAUACUCUGGGUGGACGGACGACAACGCAAGUGGGCGGGCGGUCUGGACGUUUCAAGGCACUGCGUCGCACACUGGCUCUGCUAGCUUCACGGCUGAGCUUCCGGGAUCAUCUUUCGUACCUGUCCGUUUUCUCUUUGCUAAUGCGCAGGGGGGUGGUGCAUUCAAGGUCACGAUCACAAGCCCCAGCGGUGUCAUUAUCCACCAAACAGGAAGGGAUACAAACAAUGGUUGGCUUGUCAGAGACUGUGGGGUUAGAGCCCCGGGGUUCGCUAGCUUUGGGCAGGAAGAUUAAUGUAGUUAGAUUUA